CCCCUGCCGCCGCGGGCGCGUCUCCCAUCCGCCAUGGCAUCAGUUUUGAAUGUCAAGGAAUCCAAAGCUUUUGAAAGAAUGAUUGUAGUUGCUGGUCUUCCAGUUGGCCAUAAUGAUCGAUCACUGACCAAAUUAGUGAAGAGUCACUUCCAAGAUAUUAAGAAUGAGGGCGGAGUUGUUGAAGAUGUGAUAUAUCCAACAAGAACUAAGGGAGUUGCAUAUGUAAUAUUCAAAGAAAAAAAAGUUGCAGAGAAUGUCAUCAGAAAAAAGAAACACUCUCUGGCAGAGAAGGUUGGAACCAUUCAACUUACAGUCUCUCAUGUUAGUGAAAAGGUCUUCAGCUCUGUAAAUGCAACUCUCGAUCUCUCCGUUUUUCUGGGUCAAGUCGUUCUGGAAAGCCUCGUGAGGGACCUGAAAAGGAAAAUUCCAAGUUUAUGCUUCAGUCCUUUGGAACAAAACGGGAGAAUCUCCGUUCAGGGGUCAUUUCUGGCUAUGAAGAAGCUCAAAGAGUCUUUGCUAUUAAAAGCAAGUUCUCUUUUAGAAAAAGACAGGAGUUCCACCAGCGAGGGGGGGAAGUGGAAUAGACAGAGCCCCAGAAGCAGUCUGCAGAGAAGUAGCAACGCUCUGGAGUCACCCAGGUCCUCAGUGCCCAGGGCUACUAGAUGUGGAGAGACAUUUGUUCUCGAUACAGAUGUUUUCCUUUACCUGAAAAAGAAGAAAAGCUGUUACGAAAGCAUGUUGAAAAGAUCUAACGUGCUAUGUCAGGAGACUGUGGAUGGUGAAAUUACCACAAUUUGCAUAAAAAAUGCUCGCAGUGGUUUGCCGCCAAACAAUGAAAAACUUGUAAAAGAGUUCAUUGAGAAAUGCUCACAUGCUCUUUACUUCGAGCUCAGAAAAGAGACAUUUGUUUUGGAAGGAAAGAAAAAGAGAGAGAAAAGAGAUAUAAAGUUGGCAUGUGAACAACUAAAUCCGAGGUACCUUCAGGUUCUGAUUAAUUUUUAUGAAACACACAUUGACAUUCUAGGACCUUCUUCUGACAUUUACUUGUUUAAACAAGAGGUCAUGAAAUUAAUAAGGCAAACAGUUAGGUGAUAGACUCUCAGCAAUAGUGAUGACAGUGGCUGCUGCUUUUCCUUACUGAGCAGUGACGAUGCUGUGCAUGAUGCUAGCUAGCUUGACACACUUUAUUUCACUUAAUCCUCGCGACCAUCCUUCAUUGUAGGCGUUGUGAUCUUCAUGCAAUAGGGGAAGGCAUAGAAUUUGGAGAGGUUAAAACACGUGUCUGAGCUUAUCUAGCUGGCUAGGCAUGGGGCUGGGGUUAAACCCAGUCUAUGUGACUACAAAGAUAAUAUCUAAAGUAUGUAAAUGAAAAAACUCACAAAACUGAAGACAUCUUGCUUUCUCUGUGACCCCAAAUUCUUAGAAAAAGAAGUAGCUUUAAUUCUAAUACAUGAGAAAUUUAGAUGAUGAUGAUGAUGAUGAGGAGGAGGAGGAGGAUGCCACUGGCAAUUUCUUAGCAUUUACAAAGUCUGCAUUUACUCUAAAUAGAAUAAAAAUGCUAGCAAGCCCUGGUGGAGUAGCUCAGUUAGGUAGAGCAUUAUCUGAUAUGCCAGGGUUUCUGAUUUGAUCCCAGGUCAGGGCACAUAAAGGAAUCAACCAAUGAAUGCAUGAAUGGGUGAAGCAACAAAUUGAUGUCUCUCUCUCUCUCUAUUUCCCCCUCCUAUCUCUCUCUAAAAAUCAAUCAAUACAUAAAAAAUUAAAGAAUAAAAAGAAUUCUGGCAAAAGUCACUUGAGAAACUACUUUCUCAAAAUCAAUCAACCAAUAAAAAAUUAAAAAAAAAGAAUGCUGGCUAAAAUCACUUGAAAAACGACUUGGGAAUUAUUUUUGAUGCAGGUUAAGUUAUUACUUGAUUAAAUCCCAUUGGUACAAGACUACUAGACAUAGGUAACAUUUUUAUUUAGCUUAACUAAGUGCUUACAUAAAAUGUUGGUUCUCCUGUUAUAAGGAUAGUGUAGUAUCUUUUUUUCUUUAUUCCCCCUUUUAUUUCAUAAUUGUACUGUUAAAGUAACAUUUGAGGAGUUAGAUCAUAAAUGAUAAUGAUAAUAACAUGGAUAUGGGAAAUAUCACGGGAAACUUUGUAAAGUACAUGACUGUCUA